AUGCCUGAGCAAAGUCCUUCAGGAUCAGAAGAGGGCACUAGCACUCACAUGAGCGAACAGGAGCGAAAGUGCGUGGUCUUGGAGUUCCUCCUCGGGCCCCCUAACGAACGAUGGCUAACGUCGUGGAUACAGACGAAUGCGCAAUCGCCUCUCUCAGCAAGCAUUCCGGCGCAGACAGGCAGAGCGGAUCAGAGAACUGAGUAA